AUGGCAGAAAAAUAUAAGGAUGUCAAACUUAGAAGAAAAUCUAAUGAUAACACCAACAACGACACCAACAGUGAAAGGAAACAUUUUCCCUUAAAUAAAAACCGAAUUAUAAAUGCGGUUUGA